UGUGAUCAACACGGAAGUGUGGAGUUGGGUUUUCUUUUGUUGUCUAUGUAUGUUUGCUAACCUCCCACAUUGUAGGCUAGGCUAAGUGCUGAAUGGGGACCUUCGAGAGGUGCAAGGAAGCCGUAGCCUAUAGAAUACGGAAAUGUUUGGUAGGGAAAAGUAGCCUAACGACGGAGUAUCCUGUCAGUUCUUGAUAACCCACUACUGCAUGCCUGCCCACUGCCUAAACAGCGAUGGAUCGUUGCGCGGUUCUCCUUGCUCUGUCCACUGUGCUGUGCAUGACAUUCGCAGCUGAUCAAACAAACAGAGAUGGACACCCAGAGGAGCAGCUACCUGCUGCCGAGCUGUCAUAUUCCCUACUUGGGAAUAUGACCACUAAUGGCACAGAUGCCACAGAAAUGGCCUACGGUUUUAUCUCGUGCGCUGUGGCCGUGGUGUUUUACGGGAGCAACUUCGUCCCUGUGAAGAAGAUAGACUCUGGCGAUGGAAUGUUUUUUCAGUGGGUCCUGUGUGGUUCUAUAUGGCUGGUGGGUCUGGUCGCAAAUUUAAUACUAAACUGCCCCCAAUUCCGGCCCCUGGCAAUGCUAGGAGGAGUUAUCUGGGCCACAGGAAAUAUAACAGUGGUGCCCAUAGUGAAGACAGUUGGUCUAGGGAUGGGAAUUCUCAUCUGGAGCUCCUUCAACCUGCUCAUGGGCUGGGCCAGUUCAAGGUUUGGCUGGUUUGGCAUCAAAGCAGAAGUGGUAGGAAACUCUGCAUUAAACUACGGUGGAGCUGCGUUGUGCUUAGUUAGUGCCCUUGUGUUUUUCUUUGUGAAGAGUGAUGUCCAGAGUGGUCGAAGAGCAGAGGAGACACCUUUACUCAUAGAUAAUGCUGUAAAUCCUGAUGAUGUGGCUGCUUCAGACGAUUCAUGGGUGGAUGGACUCCGACCAAAUACUAAAAGACUUGUAGGCUCUUGUAUGGCUGUUUUUGCAGGUGCACUAUAUGGUUUUUCCUUUGUCCCAGUACUGUACAUGAAAGCCCAUGCAGACGAUCCAGACAGUCAGUUCCAUGGAACCAGUAAAUUUGAUCUGGACUAUGUUUUUGCUCAGUUUAGCGGGGUCUUUCUCACCAGCACGGUUUACUUCCUCAUCUACUGUGCAGCAAUGAAGAACAAACCCAAAGUGUUCUCCAAAGCCAUACUACCAGGGUUUGCCUCAGGGGUCAUGUGGGCAGUAGCGACAUGCAGCUGGUUUUUGGCUAAUCACUAUCUGAGUCCUGUGAUCAGCUUCCCUAUUAUCACAGCGGUCCCAGGUCUUAUUGCAGCUGCGUGGGGAGUCCUGGUUUUUAAGGAGGUGAAGGGUUUAAAAAACUUCCUGGUUCUUGGGCUGGCCUUCUGCUUCGUGGUAGCAGGCUCAUUGUUGACGGCCUUCUCCAAGUCCUAAUCACAUAUCACCACGUGGGAGCAAAGAAGUAAAAAAAAAAAAGAAUCCAGGGUUUACUGUUUUUAUUUUUUG